CCCACACAACAAACAGACUCUGAAGCAACACAGAGAAAACAGAGGCAAGACUCCCCAAAUUCUCCCACAUCCCCCCUCCAAAUUCCACCAAUGGCGUCCUUUGAUUCCUUCGGCGUCGAAGGCGAACAACCGGUCCUCCCCUCCGCCGCCCACGUUCCUCCGCCGUUCGUCGACGACGAUGACCAGGGCUUCAUGUCCCACCACCACGACCACAAUUCCUCCCACCAUUUCGACGAGUCCUCUGCUGCUGGCUUCUUCUCCGCCUCCUCGCCCCCUCCCCCUCCCCCGCCUCCAGGGUCGCACCCCAUCGCCGGCGAUUCUCCCGACUACAACGGCGGCGGCGGCCUCGAUCCCCAUUCUCAGGAAAUGUACGGUUUCGGGCCCGCGAACCAGAGCACCGAUUACGGAUCUGCGUUCGACGCGAUGGAGAAUGCAAAUGGUGGAGGUGGAGGUGGAGGUGGAGAUGGAGAUGGCGGUAGUGUUUUUGUUUCCGGCGGACCCGUUUUGCCUGAUCAUACUCAGAUGGUGGAGGAAGGGUUCCAACGACGAGAAUGGCGACGUCAGAAUGCAAUCCAUCUGGAGGAGAAGGAGAAAAAGGAGAAAGAAAUGAGGAACCAGAUCAUAAACGAAGCUGAAGAAUACAAACGCCAAUUCUACGAGAAGAGAAACCAAAACUGCGAGACCACCAAAGCACAAAACAGAGAGAGAGAAAAGCUGUAUUGGUCGAACCAGGAGAAGUUCCACAAAGAAGCCGACAAGCAUUACUGGAAAGCCAUAGCUGAGAUCAUCCCACGAGAGGUUCCCAACAUUGAGAAGAGGAGAUCCAAGAAAGAAUCGUCCUCCGACCCGAAAUCGGCCUCGGUGAUUGUGGUUCAAGGACCAAAACCAGGGAAACCCACUGACAUGGUGAGAAUGAGACAGAUCAUCUUCAAGUUGAAGCAGCACCCUCCCGCCCACAUGAUGCCGCCACCUCCCGAGAAGAAGAAAGAAGACGGGAAAAAGGAAGGUGAAAAGGGAGCUGAAGCGACCAAGGAUGGGAAAGAUGGGACUAACAAAGAUGGUGCUGCUAACAAGGAAGAGAAAGACGGGAAGAAGAAUGUGGAUGAGAAGAAAAGCUCUGCCACUGAUGCAAAUAAUAAUGGAGGAGGUGGUGAUGACAGCAAUAAGAAGCAGCCUGGUUCUGAUGGUAAAGAUAACACCGAUAGCAACAAGAGCUCGUCUAGUAACGUUGCUGCUAACCAGUCCAAAACAGAGGACCCUCUUGCUGGAAUUGGUCAGGUUGAGAAACAGGGGACAUCUAACAAGUGAUCGUCUGAUUCAUGGGAAACCCACAUCAGUUCCUUUGAUUCUUUGCUCCAACUUUGGUCUUGUCAUUCUUUGAUUCUUUGUUUUUUAUUUCUUUUUUUAUGUUGUAGCCAUUUCAUUGAGGCAGAAAUAAGGUGGUUACUUAAUUGUUAUAGGCUUAUAGCUCGCUCAACCAGUCAAUAAGAUGGGCUGGUGGAGAGCUGCAAGAGUUGUUCUUUUUUUGGGUUUACCUGAUAAUUAGGGUUUACAUUGGUAUUUGUAGGGCAUCCCUGCCAUUUUUGCUCCUAUUAAUUAAUUAUGCAGCCAAACAUCUCAACACUUAAAUAUAUUAGCUCUAUUCAG